AUGACCGAAGUCGCCGGACGCAGAAGCUUCAAGGUGUUUGGCCAAGAGUUCAUUGUCGACGCGCGAUACAAUGUCACCAAGGAGCUGGGCCAGGGCGCCUACGCACAAGCAGGUCACGAUCCGAAAGAGCAGGUAGCCGUCAAGAAGAUCACCAACGUCUUCAGCAAGCAGAUCCUGGCCAAGCGCGCCCUUCGCGAGAUCAAGCUACUGCAACACUUCAGAGGCCACCGCAACGUCUACCUGUACGAAGAACUGAUGGAGUGUGAUCUGGCCGCCAUCAUUCGCAGCGGCCAGCCAUUGACCGACGCCCACUUCCAGUCCUUCAUCUACCAGAUUCUCUGCGGUCUCAAGUACAUUCACUCGGCCAAUGUCCUGCAUCGCGACCUCAAGCCCGGCAACCUGCUCGUCAAUGCCGACUGCGAGUUGAAGAUCUGUGACUUUGGUCUUGCCCGUGGCUUCAGCAACGAGCCCGACAAUGUUGCUGCCGGCUUCCAGACCGAGUACGUCGCUACAAGAUGGUACAGAGCUCCUGAGAUCAUGCUCAGUUUCGCAGAGUACACAAAAGCCAGUAAGCCCUUCCUCAAGGGCAAGGACUACGUCGACCAGCUCAACCAGAUUCUCCACGUCCUCGGUACUCCGGAUGAGAGCACUCUCCAGCUCAUUGGCUCCCCUCGCGCUCGCGAGUAUGUCCGCGGGCUGCCUUAUAUGCCUCGCAUCCCCUACCAGCAGUUCUUCCCCCGUGCCAACCCCGACGCCCUGGACCUGUUGGAGAAGAUGCUCGCUUUCGUCCCCGCAAAGCGCAUCACCACCGAAGAAGCUCUCGAGCACCCAUACCUUGCCAUCUGGCACGACCCCAGCGAUGAACCCGCCUGUCCCACCAAGUUCGAUUUCCGCUUCGAGGUUGUCAAGGAGAUCCCCGAGCUUCGAACAAUCAUCUUUGACGAGGUCAGACGCUUCAGAGGUGAAGUGCGCGCUCCUCUCCAGCAGCAACAGCAGCAGCAGCAGCAGCACUAUGGCGACUACCAACAACAGGCUGGCCAAGUGCCUAUGCCCGAUCAAUGGAACCCUCGCCAAGCCGAGGACCCGCGUCCGCAGGCCCUGGGUGAGAGCACGACCGAAGGUCUCGAGAGGGAAUUGGAGUACGGUCUGGACGCUCAAUACGGCCAGCAGCAAAUGCGAUAA